CACGCCUGGGGCUGCGAGCGGGGCACCGGCACCGGAACCCGCACCGGGACCGGGACCCCCGAGCCACGCCUGGGCUGCGAGCGGGGCACCGGCACCGGGACCGGGGCUCGCUCAGGGAUCGGGACUUGCACUCCCGGGCCACGCUUGGGGCCGCUGCGAGCCGGACACCGGCAGCGGGACCGGGACUUCCGAGCCACGCGUGGGGCUGCGAGCCGGACACCGGCCCCGGGAGCCGCUCCCGCGCCGGGACAGCCAGCCGCUCCUCUCCACGCUGUGCCCACCCUGACCAGGUGUCCCCAUGGAGUGACCCUGCCCGGGGGGACGCUGGCUGCCACCACCGCCAGCAUGAGCGACUUCUGGCACAAGCUGGGCUGCUGCGUCGUGGAGAAGCCCCAGCCUAAGAAGAGGAGGAGACGGAUCGACCGCUCCAUGAUCGGGGAGCCCAUGAACUUCGUGCACCUGACACACAUCGGCUCCGGAGACAUGGCUGCGGGAGAGGGGCUGCCCAUGACUGGUGCUGUCCAGGAGAUGAGGUCCAAGGGCAGCCGGGAGCGACAGUGGAGCAACUCCCGAGUGUUGUAGCGUAUUCCUGGCUUUUUCAGCCCAAACUUGAACUGCCUGAUCCCCCCCGCUGGAGGAGAAGCCUUCCUGGAGUGCUUUAAACCCGCGGUAUUUAUGCAGCGCCAUCCUCACCCAGCUCCCGGUGACUUUGGGGCUUCAUCCCUCUGGAAAAUCCCUCCUUCCUGAAGGCACUGGCUGGUGACAUGGGGAGGGAGCCCCCAUCUCCUGCCCCACCUGGAAAGGACACAGCCGCCCCUCUGAAACGUGCCAGGAGCUGCCAGGCGCAGCCCACGUGUCCCAAAUCCUCCCAGUUUUCCCUUUUCCCACUCCCAUGGGCUGCAUGGUGGUGCCUCAGUUUCCCCAGGGAACCAGUUAUGGUGCAGAGACAGCUUUGAUGCCUCCCAGAACAUCCCAGAGAAGCAAAACCAGGAUUAAGCCCUGAUAUUCUGGUGCCAAACCAGAGUUAAACCCAAGAUGUCCUGGUGUCAAACCAGGAUUGGAUGUCAAACUGGGAUUAAACCCCAAUUCUUAGGAGCAGAACUGGGAUUAAACCCCGAUAUUCUGGUGCCCAACCAGAGUUAAACCCAAGAUGUCCUGGUGUCAAACCAGGAUUGGAUGUCAAACUGGGAUUAAACCCCAAUUCUUAGGAGCAGAACUGGGAUUAAACCCCGAUAUUCUGGUGCCCAACCAGAGUUAAACCCAAGAUGUUCUGGUGUCAAACCAGGAUUGGAUGUCAAACUGGGAUUAAACCCCAAUUCUUAGGAGCAGAACUGGGAUUAAACCCCGCUGCUUUGGUGCCAAACCAGGAUCCAACCCCAAGGCUCGGCUGUGUCUGAGCUCACAGUGCCUCCAGCUGGCAUUCCACCGCCGCCAAGCCCCCACCUCCCUCCUUUUUUUAGGAUCUGUUCCUGUUUUUAAGCUCCCAAACCCACCUGAGCAGCCUCUGUGGCCUCGGGCAGGACGUGGUGGGGUCCCCUCCACCCGGGAUUGUCCCCAGGCCGGACAGGGCCUGACCCGAGAAGGGCUCUGGAAUUAGGUGCGGGUGUACAUAGUUUAAUUAGUGCCAGGAUUAAAUAUUAAUUAGCACGUGCUGGGUGACAGAGCCUUUCCCCUGCCCUGUGCUCCGGUGGGAGCUGGGAUUUUCCAGCCCUGCAUCGUGCUCGGGUCAGGGUUUUUGGGAAAAACAUUCCACCCUUGAAAUAAAUGCCUUGUGCUGGUCCAAGGGGUGGGUGCAGGAGCUGCCCCAGGCUCCUCGCUCCCUCCUCUGCUCCUGGAGCAGCCAAAUCCACUGGGAAAAGCUGAAAUUCACAGCAGGCAGAGGCCACGACUUUUUAUGGCACAACCAGUUUCCUCCCGGCUGGGCUGGACUCGGGAGUGUGGCUGCACUGACACCCCCUCCUUGGACACCCCAAAAUGUUCCUCUGACCCACUGUAGAGGGGAUUGCACCCCAGGGAAAGAGGGGGUGCACCCCCAGCUCGAGUGGGGCACCACCCCAUCCCAGAAUAAAAGCCAAGAGCAAAAA